AUGGUCAUAAUAAUUGGAGGGAGGGAGGGAGGGAGGGAGGGAGGGAGGGAGGGAGGGAGGGAGGGAGGAGUAGAGGAAAGGUCAGGUGAUUGUGACGGGUGUGACGAGACCAGACCCAACUGGCCAAUGAGGUGGUAGGGUUUGUCAUCAUGAGAUGUAUGUGACAUGGCUCACACACACACACACACACACACACUACCAGUCAAAAGUUUGGACACACCUACUCAUUCAAGGGGUUUUCUUUAUUUUUACAUUGUAGAAUAAUAGUGAAGACAUCAAAACUAUGAAAUAACACACAUGGAAUCAUGUAGUAACCAAAAACGUGUUAAACAAAUCAAAAUACAUUUUAUAUUUGAGAUUCUUCAAAUAGCCAACCUUUGCCUUGAUUACAGCUUUGCACACUCUUGGCAUUCUCUCAACCAGCUUCAUGAGGUCACCUGGAAUGCAUUUCAAUUAACAGGUGUGCCUUCUUAAAAGUUAAUUUGUGGGAUUUCUUUCCUUCUUAAUGCGUUUGAGCCAAUCAGUUGUGUUGUGACAAGGUAGGGGGGUAUACAGAAGAUGGUAUUUUAUCAAAUAGGGCUAAGUUCAUAUUAUGGCAAGAACAGCUCAAAUAAGCAAAGAGAAACGACAGUCCAUCAUUACUUUAAGAAAUGUAGGUCAGUCAAUACGGAACAUUUCAAGAACUUUGAAAGUUUCUUCAAGUGCAGUCGCAAAAACCAUCAAGCGUUAUGAUGAAACUGGCUCUCAUGAGGACUGCCACAGGAAUGGAAGAACCAGAGUUACCUCUGCUGCAGAGGAUAAGUUCAUUAGAGUUACCAGCCUCAGAAAUUGCAGCCCAAAUAAAUGUUUCACAUAGUUGAAGUCACAGACACAUCUCAACAUCAACUGUUCAGAGGGGACUGUGUGAGUCAGGCCUUCAUGGUCGAAUCGCUGCAAAGAAAUCACUACUAAAGGAUACCAAUAAGAAGAAGAGACCUGCUUGGGCCAAGAAACAUGAGCAAUGGACAUUAGACCGGUGGAAAUGUGUCCUUUGGUCUGGAGUCCAAAUUUGAGAUUUUUGGUUCCAACCGCCGUGUAUUUGUGAGACGCGGUGUGGGUCAACGGAUGAUCUCCACAUGUGUAGUUCCCACCGUAAAGCAUGGAGGAGGUGGUGUUAUGGUGGUUUGCUGGUUUGCUGGUGACACUGUCUGUGAUUUAUUUAGAAUUCAAGGCACACUUAACCAGCAUGGCUGCCACAGCAUUCUGCAGCGAUUAUGCCAUCCCAUCUGGUUUGGGCUUAGUGGGACUAUCAUUUGUUUUUCAAAAGGACAAUGACCCAACACACCUCCAGGCUAUGUAAGGGCUAUUUUACCAAGAAGGAGAGUGAUGGAGUGCUGCAUCAGAUGACCUGGCCACCACAAUCCCCCGACCUCAACCCAAUUGAGAUGGUUUGGGAUGAGUCGGACGGCAGAGUGAAGGAAAAGCAGCCAACAAGUGCUAAGCAUAUGUGGGAACUCCUUCAAGACUGUUGGAAAAGCAUUCCAGGUGAAGCUGGUUGAGAGAAUGCCAAGAGUGUGCAAAGCUGUCAUCAAAGCAAAGGGUGGCUAUUUGAAGAAUCUCAAAUAUAAAAUAUAUUUUGAUUUGGUUAACACUUUUUUGGUUACUACAUUAUUCCAUAUGUGUUAUUUCAUAGUUUUGAUGUCUUCACUAUUAUUCUACAAUGUAGAGAAUAGUAAAAAUAAAGAAAAACCCUUGAAUGAGUAGGUGUGUCCAAACUUUUGACUGGUACUGUAUAUGGACAAACACACCAGCAUGCACACACAAUCACAGACACACACACACGCAUGCGCACAUAAACACUUACACACCCAUGCACGCACGCACACGCACACACCAGCCCUGCAGGGCCAUCAAAGACCAGCGGAGGGAGAAAAGAUUACCUUCAUAUUCCAGGCUGCAGAGAAUUUCUCGGAUGCUGUUGGAAAUUCACAUUGUGCUCUUGAUUUCCUUUCUCUCCCUCUCUUAUUUUAUUCUCUUCUUCCCCUCCCUCUGUCACUUUUCUUGACAGGCCAAUAUUUCAGACUGCAGAUAUAGGGGGAUUACAUAUAAAAUAAGUGGAAGGCUGCUUAAUGCACCAGAAUUGAAAUGCAUGAACGAGUGGGAGGAAUUGAUAUGCAGCCAGUACAAACACAGGACAGGGAAUAAUAUGAAAUACAAAAUGUGUUUUUUUCUUCCCUCCAUGUAUCAAUGCUUUACUUUUUAUUUAUUUGUAUUUGUGCGUCUACGGUGAAGCGUUGAUUCGCAAGAAUGAGACUCACAAUAUUGCCUUGAGUAACCAGACAAGUGAGAGAGAGAGAGAGAGAGAGAGAGAGAGAGAGGAGAGAGAGAGAGAGAGAGGGAGGACGAGAGAGAGAAGAGAGAGAGAGGUUGGAGAGAGGAGAGAGAGAGAGAGAGAGAGAGAGUGAGAGAGAGAGAGAGAGAGAGAGAGAGCGAAGCAUAGUGGGGUGCUACUGCUAUUUCUUUGUGUUGUGCAGAGAGGGUAAAUUGCACUGGCAGAGUGUAGCUUCACACACAUACAUACACAGUUUGGCUGUAUCUAAGGAUGAGGUAAUAAAACAUUUAUCAGUGGGUAGCAGCGUCUGCUAAAUACAACCAGAGGCUGAUCUCUUAGCAUUGAGCUCUGCUGCAGCCAUAUAAACCACCUCCCCACCUCCAGCCGUGACCAGAAAACGGCUCAGAUAUUUAGCAUGAUGUGUGUGUGUGUGUGUGUACAUGUUUGCCUGCUUGCGUACGUGUGUGUGUAUUUGGAGGAAAAGGGGGGCUAGAUGCAUAUGGCCUAAUGAAGUGUAUAAUAUUACCAUAACAUUUAAUGUAUGUCUUGCUGUGAAAAUGAGGCUGGUUUGAUUUUCUCUCCAUUUCUCUCAUGUCCUCGGGGCAGAAUGACUCAAUGUAUAUGAAUGAGAAUUAGGAGGGUGAUACGAUAGGUCUACACUUCUAGCCCCACAGCCAAUGUCUGUCACGACAUGAAAAUCACCACGUGUCCAUCUGUAUUUUAAUUUGAUACACAUUAUUUGUGACAGACAUCAAUUAAUUGACUUAUUUUUUGGCUUCAUCCAUUGAGAACUAUGAUUUUACUAGAACAUAUUUUUUAUAACAGAGAUACAACACAAUAUAACAAUUUUCCUCUGUGCUGUCUUGUGUUUUAGGAGUGAACUCUCUGUUUAAAGAGUCUCCUGGAUCCAACGCUGUGGGAAAACGCUCCAUGCUGCCAGAGAGACAGAAUGACAGCCCGCCCAAAAGGCCCAAGUCUGCCGAGGGGAAGACCUGCACUAGCGAACAGGUAUGCUAAGCAAACUGCUAAUGCUCCAUGAUAAACCGACAGGGAAAGCUAUAUUUAACCAGUUAGCAGGUAUGCUAAGAGUUAAUAUCUCAGAAAGUAGUGUGCUGUCAACAGAACUCAAAGGGUUAACCCCAAACUCAUCCCUCACUGACAGAACACUUUAGCAUCACCCAUAGUACAUUCUCGCUCCUUUGUGUUCUUAAGUGGAAUGCCUACCCGCCUGCCUGCACCAGGCAAGGCUCUCUCCCUGUCCCCCUCUCUUUGCAUGUCUUUAAAUGAUAUGUGUUUUUAAAUUAGAUUAUGAAGCUUGUCUGGUGGAGGGCCCUGAGUGGAAGGAGGCCUGAGUCAUUUCAGAAAUGGAUUACAUUAAGGCAGGUGGCUGGAGGCGGCCAUUUUAGGAGUACUCCUUGUAAUGAGGGCUUGGCGGGAGACGGGGAGGCUACACACCUUUGUCAUCUCUAAUCUCCUGAUUAGAAAUUCCCUCCAAUCAGGUUUCCCGCUAAUAAAAUUACACGAGUUGAGGGGCUUAAGUGCAUUACAUGGAAAGGCGGUUGAUGUACAUUUUGUGUGUAAAGGUAAAGUGGGACGAGUGCGGUGGGGGGGGGGGGGGGGGGGGGGGAGGAUAUUCCGAUUUGUUUAGAUGAAGGGAAAUUCCGUUCAAUCUUUUAUCCCUAUCUUCAGAGCACUCUGUCGUCUAGGUUUCUCAGUGCUGUUAAAAGUGACAUGUUUUUACUUGUUCGCAAUGGUUAUUUGUUCUGUUCUCCAGUAUUUUCCCAGUAAUAACCAUAGCAUGCUGUCUCUCUCUCUCUCUCCCAGCAGGUGCAGCAGUGCCCCUACUGUAACUACAGCAGUAAAGACGCCAACAGGAUACAGCUCCAUGUGGUGUCCCAGCAUUCCAUGCAGCAGCCAGUGAUCAGCUGCCCACUGUGCCAAGACGUCCUGAGCAACAAGAUCCACCUGCAGCUCCACCUCACACACCUGCACAGCGUGGCUCCAGACUGUGUUGAUAAACUGCUUAUGACCGUACGUUUGAUACACAGAUAACUUAACAACAUUCAGGUGAUGGGGGGGAGGGGGGGGGGGGGGGGGGGGUUGGUGGUGCUGAUCAGUGGUGAGAAAAAUGCGGAGGAUAAAUCUAAUUUGCUUCUAAUGGCAUCGCACGUACAGUACAUUUUUCUCAAGGUCUAAAGGUUUUCUUUAAUCCCUUUUAAGAUCUAUGAUGUUGAGAUGGCAAAUUGAAAAAUGGCAGUCAUUCUGUCUUGGCUGUCCAGUGCUCCCUACAGUCCCAUAACUAGCUCUGGCCAGUGCUGUCACUGUGCAGUCCUAUAAAACAUUUCCUAUGCAUUUAUCCCACUCUCCCGAGAAUACGUCAUAAAGUUGACAGUUAAGCAAAUUCUGCUUUCUGAAAAUGAGCUCUUUUUAUUGGUGAGAGGCGAGUUGAAAAGUACACCUCCUUUACAUGUUUUUGGUAUUUGCGGUGAAUGUUUUGACUGAACGUCUUAACCGCUGCACUAUCAUUAUUGUUCAUGUCAAUUCAAAAUAUUGUCAGCAGCACCUGCACCAACAUUAUAGUUAUUAAAUGAUAGAUUAUCUAUUAUUACAUUACAUUACAUUUUAUAUUUUAAUAAAAUGUUGUUAUGAUGCAUGUUGCAAUUAUGGAUGGUUAUGAUUAAGAUUAUUACAUUGUUUUUGUUGUCUGACUUUGAUAGGUGGCUGGGCCUGAUGUGAUGGUGCCUAAUAACAUGAUGCAUCCUUCAUCUGGACAAGACAACGCUCUGUCUCUGAUGGAUGCUUCUGCUGCUCUCUCUGAGAAGUCUCGAAAGCCCACAGGUACGCAGAGCACGUUUACCACUGUUACAAUACCCCUGCCGGUAUUGAAUGCACUAUUUUGAGGUUGUUUGGAAAGUGUAAUUAUUUCACCAUUAUGAGUUACAGUAAGUGUCCUUGGGUUGUAGAAGGGCCCUGCUACACAAAUGAAACAAAAUAUUAUUUAUUUUUGCCAGACAAGUUUUACGUUUCCAGAGUUUAUAUAUUUGUACAAUGUCUUUUGUUCAUGAAUUUAAUUGGUUUUUCGUUGUCCUUUCUCAGGGAACAGUUCCAAGGAUGAGAUGAACAGCACAGGCCAAGGCAAGAGUGAACUAGACCUCCAUGUAGAGGAACUCAAACCCCCCAAGGAUGGGUCUGAAGCCCCAGACUGGAAGAGGUCCGUUGUGGUCGGGCAGGAUCGAAAGAGCCCUGACUCCCUUCAGGACCAUCUGAACGACCUCCAGAGAUGCCAGCAGCAACAGCAACAGCAACAGCUCUCGGUCUCCGACCGCCACGUCUACAAAUACCGCUGCAACCACUGCAGCCUGGCCUUCAAGACCAUGCAGAAGCUGCAGAUACAUUCCCAGUACCAUGCCAUCCGGGCGGCCACCAUGUGCAGCCUCUGCCAACGCAGCUUCCGGACAUUCUUGGCACUCCGGAAGCACUUGGAGAACGGACAUCCGGAGCUGAGCGAAGCCGAGGUCCAGCAGCUCUGCGGCAGCCUGCCGGUAAACGGAGACUUCCUCUCAGAGAGCGAGGCCAGGGCCUACGAGGAGGCGCAGCAGGCCUUCGAACAGGAAAUGGAGAAAGACGAUGAGCUGGACCUGGAAGAGAAGGCCAGCCCAACAGGAAGUGACAGUAGCUCGUUGCUAGACGACAUGGGAGCCGAAACUAAGCGAACCCUCCCCUUCAGGAAAGGCCCCAACUUCACCAUGGAGAAGUUCCUGGACCCAUCCCGGCCAUACAAGUGCACGGUGUGCAAGGAGUCCUUCACCCAGAAGAACAUCCUCCUGGUCCACUACAACUCUGUCUCUCACCUGCACAAGCUGAAGAAGGUUCUCCAGGAGGCCUCCAGCCCGGUUCCUCCAGAGACCAACAACAAUGUAGACAACAAACCAUUCAAAUGCAGUAUCUGCAAUGUUGCCUACAGCCAAAGCUCAACCCUGGAGAUCCACAUGAGGUCUGUGCUGCAUCAGACCAAAGCAAGAACUGCCAAAACAGAGACAAGCAGCAGCAGUAGCAGUGCAGGGAGUGGGAACACUAGUGGCUUGGCUCCAUCCAGCAGCCCAGCCCCAACCGGACAAGGCAACAACACCAACUCAGACACUGCUAGAAGCGUGACGCCGUCGGCUAACAAAGAAAACACUGUAGAUGCCAAAGAAGCCAAAAACAGCAGCAACAACGCAAAGCAAACUACUGAUCAUGUCUCUGCACAGCAAAGCCAUCAGAACGCUCAGUCCCAAGCUCAGCUACAGAUGCAGCUCCAACACGAGCUCCAGCAGCAGGCUGCCUUUUUCCAGCCCCAGUUCCUCAACCCGGCUUUCUUCCCCCAGUUCGGCAUGACCCCAGAGGCUCUGCUUCAGUUCCAGCAGCCACAGUUCCUGUUCCCCUUCUACAUCCCAGGGGCAGAAUUCAACCUGAGCCCAGAGCUGGCUCUUCACUCAGCCGCCGCUUUCGGAAUGCCAGGCUUGACUGGUUCUUUCCUGGAAGACCUGAAGCAGCAGAUGCAGCAGCAACACCAGCUACAGCAGGCUCAGGCUCAGCAGCAGGCUCAACAGCAGGCUCAACAGCAGCAACAACAGCAACAGCAGCAACAAGCAUCCCAGUUGCAGCUCCAGCAGCAGAAGAACCAGCAACUGCAGAGCCACAAGCCCAAAAUGGAGCCCAAUGCUGUGUCAGUGUCUGACAUACAGAUGUCCAGAGAGGCAGAAGAGCAUCUGGAAAAACAGGAGAGCAAAGCAAAGAUGGAGAAUGGAGGGGAUGGAGUCAGUGAGGGAGGAAAGGACAACAAAGACAAAAAGUCCACGUUUCCCGAGCCGCUGAUUCCUCCUCCACGUAUCGUUUCAGGAGCCAGAGGAAAUGCUGCCAAGGCCCUUCUGGAGAACUUUGGAUUUGAGCUGGUCAUCCAGUACAACGAGAACAGGCAGAAAAACCAGAAGAAAAACAAAGAAGGAGAACAACAAAAACAACAACCACAACAACAACAAGUGGAGAUCAAUAACGACAAGCUGGAAUGUGGGAUGUGCGGAAAGCUCUUCUCCAACAUGCUUAUUCUUAAAAGCCACCAAGAGCACAUCCAUGGACAGUUCUUCCCUUAUGGAGAGCUGGAGAAGUUUGCCCAGCAGUACAGAGAGGCCUAUGACAAGCUCUACCCCAUCAACCCCCCUUCCCCCGAGACUCCCCCACCUCCGCCUCCCCUUCCUCCUCCACCACCAGCACCAGUGACCACCCAGCAGCCUCCUUGCACUUCCAUGAACAAGCCCCAGAUCAAGGCCCCAUCCCCUGCCCCAAACCAGGCUCCACAGCCCCAGCCACCACCCCCACCUCCCCUUCCUCCACCAGCCUCCCCAUCCCCACAGGUGCAGCCUUCCAUCCAACUAGAUUUCUCCCUCUUUCCCCCUCUGAUGAUGCAGUCCAUCCAGCACCAAGGGCUACACCCUCAACUUGCCCUGCAGCUGCCUACAAUGGACUCCCUGUCCUCAGAUCUCACCCAGCUUUGUCAGCAGCAGCUAGGCCUCGAUCCAAACUUCCUGAGGCAGGCCCAGUUCAAGCGCCCUCGAACCCGCAUCACGGACGACCAGCUGAAGGUCCUCCGAGCGCACUUUGACAUCAACAACUCGCCCAAUGAGGAGCAGAUUCAGGAGAUGGCUGACAAGUCCGGCCUCCCCCAGAAAGUCAUCAAGCACUGGUUCCGUAACACCCUCUUCAAAGAAAGGCAGCGAAGCAAAGAUUCUCCUUACAACUUCAACAUUCCACCUAUUACCACGUUGGAGGAUAUUAGGCUGGAGUCCCAGUAUAGUACACUGGAGUACUACAGGACUGAUGCCACCAUGAACAAGAGGUCCUCCAGGACAAGGUUCACUGACUACCAACUGAGGGUCCUGCAGGACUUCUUUGACACAAACGCUUACCCGAAAGAUGAUGAGAUUGAGCAGCUCUCCACUGUGCUCAACCUGCCAUCUAGGGUCAUCGUGGUGUGGUUCCAAAAUGCCCGCCAGAAGGCCCGGAAGAGCUACGAGAACCAGGCAGAUGCUAAAGACAAUGAGAAGAAAGAACUGACGAAUGAGCGCUACAUCCGCACCAGCAACAUGCAGUACCAGUGCAAGAAAUGCAGUGUGGUGUUCCCGCGAAUCUUUGACCUGAUCACCCACCAGAAGAAGACGUGCUACAAGGACGAGGAUGAGGAAGGGAAUGAGGACAACCAGUCUGAGGAGUACAUGGAUAUGGGAGAGCCAGGCCCAGCCAAGCACCCAGAGUCAUCCAAGCAUCACCGUGGAACAGCCACUAGCUCAGGCUCCAGCUCCCCUCUGAUGCCCUCCCCUCGCUCCAACCUGGGGAAGACCUCGCCCAAGCCUGAACCUCCCUCUGAGCCCAAACCUAAAGAGCCAGAACCUGCCCCUUCCCCAGUUAUGAUGAAGUCUCUACCAGACCCCAGACCCUCCAAGGCCUCCACCCCCCAGCCACCCCCUCAGAAGACCCCCCAGCCCCAGAUGUCCAGACCCCACUCCCAGCCUCAGUCAGCCGCCGUCCCCUCCAGCCCCCUCUCCCUCGCCCUCUCCUCCCUCACCAACAGCCUCCCUCCCCAGAUGCUCCAAUACCAGUGUGACCAGUGCAAGAUAGCCUUCCCAAGUGUUGAGCUAUGGCAGGAACACCAGCACAUGCAUUUCUUGGCUGCCCAGAACCAGUUCCUCCAUUCCCAGUUCUUGGAAAGGCCCAUGGACAUGCCCUAUAUGAUCUUCGACCCCAAUAAUCCUCUGAUGACUAGCCAGCUGCUGUCUGGAGGACUCCAGAUGCCAAUUCAAAGCGGCUCUGGUUUGUCCUCAGGCCCCGGCUCUGGCUCCAUGAAGAGAAAACUAGACGAGAAAGAGGAUGGAUCCAAUGAAAAAGAUAACGGAAACAUGACUGAAGAACAGCACAGAGACAAACGUCUCAGAACUACCAUCACCCCAGAACAACUAGAGAUCCUCUACGACAAAUACUUGCUGGACUCAAAUCCCACAAGAAAGAUGCUGGAUCACAUCGCACGUGAGGUCGGCCUGAAGAAGAGAGUGGUGCAGGUGUGGUUUCAGAACACACGUGCCCGAGAGAGAAAGGGACAGUUCAGAGCUCUGGGGACCCUCCCAGUCACACAAGAAAUGCCCUUUUUGUCGGGCGCUGUUCAAGGCCAAGUCAGCUUUGGACAGCCAUAUCCGCUCUAGACACUGGCAUGAAGCCAAACAGGCAGGGUUUAGUCUGCCCAAUAGCCCAAUGAUGAACCAAGACGAUGGAGGCGAGAGCCCACACAAGUACAACUUCUUUGAGUAUCCACAGCUGCCCACCAAGACUGAGCCAAAUGAGUACGAGCUGCCCGCAGCCUCCUCAACACCAGUCAAACCAUCUGAGGCACCGUUAAAAAACUUAUUGAGCCCUUCAUCCUUAAAAGCAGAAAACUGUGAUGAAUCUGAAGGGCUUAACAUCAAUUCUGCAGAGGCCUCAUCCUACGACAUAAACAACAAAAUGGAUUUUGACGAGACCUCGUCCAUCAACACGGCCAUAAGUGACGCCACCACCGGAGACGAGGGCAACAACAACGAGGUAGAGAGCCUCACAGCCAACGGAGGGGACAAGCUGGGCUGCGACAGCAAGAGCAACCAGGCCCAGAGCUCAGACGGGGGUGGCGACGACCGCUUCCCCUUCAGCAUGGUGAGCCCCUCCCUCAGCUACUCGGGCAAGGACGGAGACUCCUGCUCCUACUCCUACUCCUACUACAGCUCCAGAGAUGACGACAUGGACGACAACAACGACCAGAGCGAGACCUCCAGCCUGACCGACCCCAGCUCUCCCAACCCCUUCGGAAGUGGAAACCCCUUCAAGUCUGGGAAGGGCAGCGGCAGUGGUGGCGAUAGACCAGGCCAUAAGCGCUUCAGGACUCAGAUGAGCAACCUUCAGCUGAAAGUCCUCAAAGCUUGCUUUAGCGACUACCGCACCCCAACCAUGCAUGAGUGUGAGAUGCUGGGCAGCGAGAUCGGCCUCCCCAAGCGCGUGAUUCAGGUGUGGUUCCAGAACGCCCGUGCCAAGGAAAAGAAGUUCAAAAUCAACAUCGGAAAGCCAUUCAUGAUCAGUCAAGGUGGGCCGGAUGGGCCCCGGCCGGAGUGUACUUUGUGUGGUGUGAAGUACACUGCCCGGAUGUCCAUCCGCGACCACAUCUUCUCCAAACAGCACAUUGCUAAAGUGCAGGAGACCCUGGGCAACCAGGUGGACAGAGAGAAGGACUAUCUAACGCCCACCACGGUCCGCCAGCUGAUGGCUCAGCAGGAGAUGGAUCGUCUGAAGAAGGCUGGGAGCGAUGGGUUCAGCUGCCUGGCUGCCCAGCAGCUUCAGACUGCAGUGGACCAGAACAAUGCACUUCACGGCCUCAGCCUGCCCUCAGGCUACCCCGGGAUCUCUGGACUUCCGCCGGUACUACUUCCUGGGGUCAACGGGCCGUCCUCACUUCCUGUUUACCCACCCAACACACCUGGUGAGUUAGUAUGACGAACAGAGAACACACAGAGAAUAGUAGCUUUAUUAUGAACUUUUAUGAACAUUUAUUGUCCAUACUUUAUAUGCACAAAAGACUCUUUCUCUACUCUACUUUCUCUGCUCAUUCCAUUACAGUGUUGUUGUUGGUGGGGAUAGAGAUAUUUUGACCAAACGUUGGAGAUUGUGUAAAGGACACUUUAAUGCAUGCAUGAUCUCAACGUUCAGUGCGGAACUGCUAAGUAAAAUAAUAGUUUAAAAGCAAAAGCAUUUUUAUCAUUGGUUUUAUUUGUGGUGUUUAUUUCCCCUCCUCUCCUUUGAUGUGGGUUUGGUAUAUUUAUAAUAUCCUCAUGUUGGUAUCUCAUAAGGCGCAUGUGACAGUUUUGAUCCAUAACAAAAUCUAAAAAAGAAAAAAAAGAAAAGUAUAAAGUAAAUCAUAACUGCAAACAUUUCCAUAAUGUCAUACUGAACAAUAUUUCAAUAGUAAUGUUAGGGUGAAUAUAAAUAUAUUUCAAUAUAAUUUAUACCACUGUAUUUCAGCUUUAGCGUCUCCCGGUGCUGGUAUGCUUGGGUUCCCCACCCCAGCCACCCCCUCUCCUGCCAUGUCUCUCAGCACUACCCCAACCAAGACUCUUCUGCAGACUCCUCCUCCACCUCCACCACCUCCUCCUCCUCCUCCUCCACCUACUCCUGUUUCAUCCAUCCCUCUGACUUCAACCAACUACAUCGAGCAGCACAGCAAAUACCAAGAGAGAGACAGCAACAACAGCAGCAGCAAGAAACCAGUGGAGAAACCGCACCACCAGAAGAAGGCCAAGGAAAGAGAAGCAGAGAAUGGCGGCCGUCCACAGACCCCCAACGUCAGCAACAACAAGAAGAGGGAAAAGCCGUCUCCAGCCACGGGGAAACCGGGAAGUGAGGGUCAUCUGGAUGUCGCUCAACUACAAGCUCUUCAGAACGCCCUGGCUGGUGCCACAGACCCAAGCUCCUUCCUGGGAGGCCAGUUCCUGCCUUACUUCCUCCCGGGCUUCGCCAACAGCUUUUCGCCCCAGCUUCUUGGAGGAAUGCAGGCGGGGGGAUACUUCCCUCCGUUCGGCGGGAUGGAGAACCUAUUCCCCUACGGACCUGCCGCCAUCCCGCAGGCCGCCAUGGCUGGGAUGAAUCCCACUGCCCUCCUGCAGCAGUAUCAGCAGUACCAGCAGUCUCUCCAGGACUCCCUGCAGAAGCAACAACAGCAGCAGCAGCAGCAGCUGCAGCAGCAGCAGCACCAAAAGCAGCUUGAGCAACAACAGCAGCAUCAUAAACAGAAGCAGAAGCAGAAGCAGAAGCCAGCCCCUGUGAAGGCGUCGUCACCAUGUGUGCAGAGCAACUCAAACUCCUUCAACCCAAAAGAAUCUAUGGAUGACACCAACAACAACAAAGGCUCUUUGACAGAAAGCACAAAAGUAGAACCACCAACAGAAACCAAAAGUACCACAGACUUUCCUGACGCUUUCAUCGUUCCAUCUGUCAAGCACGAGUUCAUAUGCAGGAAGUGCCAUAAGGUAUUCAGCGACGAGGGCUCCGCAGUGCAUCACCAGAAGUCAUUCUGCUACUUUGGAAACCCUUUUCCAGACCCGCAGGAGACAGUUCUUAGAAAGGCAGUGAGCAAGUACACGUGCAUCGCCUGCAACGUGGUGGUCAACGGGAAUGAAGCACUUGGCCAACACCUCCAGUCGAGCUUGCACAAAGAGAAAACAAUCAAACAAGCAAUGAGAAAUGCCAAAGAGCAUGCUAGAUUAUUACCUCACUCUGUCUGCACCCCUACUCCUGACAACACCACAUCUACCUCGCAGUCUGCAGCUCCUCCUUCUAAUAACACCUUUCCUCAUCUCUCUCGCUUAUCCAUCAAGUCCUGGCCAAAUAUCCUUUUCCAGGCCACCGCCCGGAAAGCUGCUUCUUCCUCCUCCUCCCCGUCUGCUUCUCCUCUUCCUCUUCCUCCCCUUUCCUUGCCUCUAACGGUUACCUCAACGUCCUGCAGCAGCGUCUCAGGGGUUCCCACCUCCCUACCCAACGAGAGUUGUUCAGAUGAGUCUGACAACGAGCUAAGCCAGAAGCUGGAUGACUUAGAUAAGGUGUUGGAGGCCAAGGCUAAGCCGACCUCCGGCUUAGACGCAGGCUUCAGCAGUAUCAGAAUGGAUAUGUUCAGUGUGUAG